AUGGAAAAGGGCGGUGACGUUUGUCACCCCCAUCAAAGGGAUGUUCUCCUCCUCCUCUUGCUUGGUCUUCCUGGAGCUGGAAAAUCCAGUUGUGCGCGGCGUUUCACUGCGAGACUGGAUGUCUUUAAUUACCUCAUUGUUGUGUUUGACGACAACUUGCUCUUUGAAUUUGAGUCAUCGCACAGAUCGCAGGUACGGUUUCAGCCCCAUUUUAAGUAACUCCACCAUUAGUGGAAAGAGAGACGUGGUGAGAUUCUCUGCAGUGUUCGACACUUGAUAGAAGCUUGGAACACAGAUCAGUUCAACUCAACCUGUGCGCACCUUACUAUUCAAAAACCAAGUCAAUUUAAAGCUGGCCUUCCGCUAGUCUGUGUCCUCGAUGACAACUUUUAUUACAGAAGUAUGCGGAAGGAUUAUUUUCGUCUUUCCAGGAACCGUUAGUUUGGCUUAUGUGGAAGACCACCUGCAAUCUAGAGAAGUGUAGGUUCGCCACGGUCAGCCUUAAUCUCCCACUGGACGUAUGCAAGGAGAGAAAUUCCCACAGAGAUUGUCCCGUGCCAGAUUCUGUACUCACCAGGAUGCAUAGUCGUUUCGAAUGGCCCGAUGAAAAUGCUCACCCAUGGGAACGAAAUAACCUUGAGAUCACGUCGCCCGAUCCGGAGUAGCAACUUGGGUUUUGGUAACAGCUUAUUUUAGUUUGGAUGCAAUAGAGUCGUUUCUGUGGCGUGUCUACACAACUCCCGUCAUCUACCUUGAUCUCAAUCAGAUUGCCUUGGAGCGUCAAAGGGAUCGUGAAAUCAAUGAAGCCAGUGAGACCCAUCGCCUCGAUACUGUUUUACGGGCGCUCGUAAGGAACUGCAUCCUCUCGCUUCGUAAGUAUCGCCUUUUCUUACGCCUGUGGCUCUCCCGUAAGCUUUAGAACUCCAGGCACGUUACGGGAAGUCCCUCAAUGAAGUGAGGAAAGUAACUAUGCUGCAGUUGAAACCCCUGGUAGACCAGCACAUCAACGAUGACACAUUCAGCCUUUGGAUUCUUGGCGUCUUUAA